AUAAAAAUGGGGCAAUCUUGAUGCGUUCCUACGAAAGAGGAUAGGAAAGGAUUAGGCAAUCAUCAAAGAGACCAAGAUAUUGAGAAUAGAGUAAGAAACACUAUGAGUAAAUAACUCAGUGAAUCUGUAUACGAUUGAAGAGACUAAUGAGAAGAAAGAAGUCUCCCAAAUGAGAGGAAUGAGCUUCAGCUCAGAAUCAGCCUCUGGGCUUGGCAUUGGGUCUUUCAAUAAGAAGAAAAAUGUUGCAGAAAAUGCUCCGAAGUUUACUGAAGAUGAGGCCAUCGACCAAAAUGUAGCAAAAGAUGAAGAAGAGGAUGAGGAAGAAGAAGAAGAAAAAGAAAGGGAAGAAGAAAGAGAAGAGGAAAAGGAAAAGAAAGAGGAAAGAGAAGAGGAAGGAGAAAAGGAAGGAGAAGAGGAAGAAGAAAAGGAAGAAAAAGAGGAAAAGGAAGUUAAAUCCUUAAGUAAAAAAGUUUAUGCAAGGAAUUCAGUGCAUAAACCUAUCUCUGUAUCCACUGAAUUCUCAUUUAACAAUCCUCAAGAGGAAGGAGGGGAAGGAAGACGUACAGUGCAUGCAUAUAUCUCAGAGAGUAAUGCAGUUGAGAGCUCUGAAAAUAAUACUCAAAGGAAAGGCAUUAGGUUUUCUGAGAUGUACAAUAUGAAGCUUGAUGAGGCUCCCAAAUUUGAAGAUGUACCAGACCUUGACUCUCGAUACAAAAAUACGUAUGAAGCUGGAUCUGAAUUCAACAUAGACUAUAUCUAUGAUCUUUGGAAAAAAUUUGAGAGUACAGAAAAGGAUGAAGACUGGGACCAACAUGUUGAUGAAGAGGAGUAUAGUGUAUGGACUACUGUCAAUGGCCCAAUUCUAAGCUUCAAGCAUCCUUUAAUCUACUCUGAAAUGACCUUUGAGGGACUGCAUAAUUAUGGAAAACUGAAAGAUAUUCUUACAGAUUAUGAGCAAGCUUUGAAGUGGAAACCAUAUCUAAAGUACGUAAAGAUUCUUGACAAGUUUUGCCAAAAUGGGAUAAUCGUGCAAACAGAGUACUCUAAGAUAGACUAUGAGGUCACUCAGAGAGACUUUGUUGAGAAGCAAAUCAUACUAGAAACUUUGGAUGAAGAUGAGCAGCCUGUGAUAGUAAUAUUCGUGUCGUCUGUCCCUUCGCAGGAAUAUCCUGCUGAGGAGAGAAUCACUCGUUGUGAGACUCUUUUGAGUCUGACCAUCCUUGGCACUGCCAGAGAAGACAAGCUUUAUGUCAGAAACUACAUGCUGGUUGAUCCAAAGAUCAUUAACUCAAGGAUUCUGCUUUCAAAGUAUCUUCACAGGACAGUGAAGAGCACUCAUGAUAGUAUUCAGAUGCUUUUAGAGUAAAAGUGGUUUUCAAUAUGAAGAU